UACCCUUGUGCAAAUAAGCAAACAUUGAGCUUUGCUUAGACUAGCUAGCUACGUACUCAUGGAGGCUUUACGUCCAAACUCUUUUUCUUUGGCAUACAGAAAGGUAGUAAGGGUCCCUGAGAGUGAGAAGCAAGAUCGCUGCUCGUGGAAAAGGUGGAAUAUAAGUAGCAUAGGCAACAGCCUAGGCAGCCGGCCCAAUGCAUCAAAAUCUUUAUAUAGAACAUCAAAAUCUUAUGGUGUUGCUUCAGUAAGUGCUACUGCUAGUUUGGAUUCAAACCCUAAUAACAGGAUGAUGAGGAAGAUCCAAGGAGGUGGAACGACCUCUACUUUAGUGACGAUGAUUAAUGAAGACAUUGGAGUCAUAAAUUUUUUAAGAGGGAAGAAUUUUUUCAUUACGGGUGCUACUGGAUUCUUGGCCAAAGUGCUCAUUGAGAAGAUUUUACGAGCAGUGCCAGAUGUGGGUAAGAUAUUUGUUUUGAUCAGGGCAAAAAACAAGGAAUCUGCAAAUGAAAGAUUACAAAGCGAAAUAAUAAAUGCUGAGCUGUUCAAGUGUCUCCGGCAAAUACAUGGGAAAUCCUAUCAAGACUUCAUGUUGAGAAAACUGGUGACUGUAGUUGGUGAUGUCCGAGAGCAAAAUCUGGGUUUAGAUGCAGAAGUGGCUGAUGUGAUUAGAAAAGAAGCCAAUAUUAUUGUAAAUUCUGCAGCUACUACAGAUUUCCGUGAAAGAUACGAUGUUGCUGUUGAUAUCAACAUAAGAGGUCCUUGUCUGCUUAUGAGCUUUGCAAAGACGUGCAAGAAACUUGAGCUCUUCUUGCAUAUAUCAACAGCUUAUGUUCAUGGAGUAGGAGAAGGAAUAUUUAUGGAAGAGUCACUUCGCAAGGAGGCUACCCCUCCAAGUUCCUUCCCUACUUUGGACAUCAACCUUGAAAUGAAGUUGGCUUUGGAUUCCUUAGAAGAUUUUAAAAAUAAAGGACUGACCCGGAAAAUGAAAGAAUUUGGCUUGGUGAGGGCAAGAAAACACGGGUGGAAAGAUACAUAUUCCUUCACCAAGGCUAUGGGAGAAAUGGUAAUGGGAGAAAUUAAAGGAGACCUUCCGUUGGUAAUUGUUAGACCAAGUGUUAUUGAGAGCACUUAUAAGGAGCCAUUCCCUGGAUGGAUAGAAGGGAUUAGGAUGAUUGACCCAAUCAUUUCCUCCUACGGAAAAGGGCAGCUCACGGGUUUUCCAAUUGAUCUAAAUGGGGUAUUCGACAUUGUCCCUGCUGACAUGGUUGUGAAUGCCACCUUGGCAGCCAUAACAAGGCAUGGAAUGGCCGGAAAGGGAGACAUGAACAUCUACCAUGUUGCCUCUUCAGUAGCUAACCCCUUACUCCUAAAAGAUCUUUUAACAUUUUUCAGUGAUCACUUUAUUUCAUCUCCCUGGAUCGACUCCGAGGGUAGGCCAACCCAUGUAAAACCCAUCAAAAUGUUCGGCUCCAUGGAUGAAUUUUCUGCUCACAUUUCGCGAGAUACAAUUCAGCAAAAUUCAAAUGGGAAACUGCCUCAGGAAUUUGAAAAUAGUUGCAGAAAAUUGGUUGAGAGGGCAAAGUACCUAGCCGAUAUAUAUGAGCCAUACACGUUCAACCCAGGAAGGUUUGAUAACAGCAAUGCCCAGAGAUUGAUGGAAAGCAUGUCCGAGGAAGAAAAGAGUAUGUUUGGUUUUGAUGUGAGGAGCAUAGAUUGGAAAGACUACAUCCUUAAUGUCCAUAUACCUGGUCUAAGGACGCAUGCCAUGAAGGAGAAAGCUGGAAUAUCUAAUUAACCCAUGUGAAUCUUAUUCCGUGGUAUCCCUGGAUUUCUUAAGAAAUAAAUGCUAGCAGCUUGCUGCCACCUUUAUUUUUUCUUUUUCUAGUCAUCUAUAUGAGUGGAUGGCAGAGUUCUUC